CCCGAUUUUUGGGAUCACGGGUGUCCGAAUCAGGGUGACAAUCUUUACCCGAUCCAAGGUCACGGGCAAAGUAACGGAAAUGUUACUUAUGGUACUUAUGGUACUUAUGUCGCUUCUGCUACUUCGGCCAUAUAUGCGUUAAAUGACAUAUCGGCCUUUUAUUACAUUUAG